GGGCCCGCCAUGGCCGACAAAGUCAGCAUGUCUCUGGACGACAUCAUUAGGCUGAACCGGAGCCAGCGGGGCGGCCGCGGCGGGGACAGGGACCGAGGCCGGGACCGAGGCCGGGACCGAGGCCGGGCCGGCUCCCAGGGAGGCCGCAGUGGCGGAGCGCAAACCGCCGCACCAGUGAGCCAGGGCGGCGGGCCGUGCCGCAACCGGGCGGCCCCCGCCCGAGGCAGGAACCGGCCGGCGCCCUACAGCAGGCCGAGACAGCUUCCCGACGAGUGGCAGCGCCACCGCUUCCGCAGGGGCUUGGGCAGGGGCGCCGGCCUGGUGACCGGGGGGAAGCUGCUUCUGUCCAACCUGGCCUUCGGAGUGUCCGACGCGGACGUCCAGCAGCUGUUUGCGGAGUUCGGGCCUCUGAAGAAGGCCGGUGUCCACUACGACCGCUCUGGCCGCAGCCUGGGGUCAGCCCACGUGCACUUUGAGCGGAAGGCAGACGCCCUGGAAGCCAUGAAACAGUACCACGGCGUGCCUUUGGAUGGCCGCCCCCUCAACAUCCAGCUCGUCACCUCACAGAUACACACGCAGCGCAGGCCGGUACAGAGUGUCAACAGAGGCGGGGGGACUACACACCGAGGAUCUGGAGGCUUUGGCGGCGGCACGCCGAGUCGCGCCCGCGGAGGCAGCCGGGUUACCGGCAGGGGCACCGGACGCAAUUCAAAGCAACAGAUCUCUGCGGAGGAGUUGGACGCCCAGCUGGACGCUUACAACUCGAUGAGGAGCACCAAAAAGCUGGACGCCCAGGUGGACACUGGCAGCCCGAUGAGGGGCACCAAAAAGCUGGACGCCCAGCUGAGCACUGGCGGCGCGAUGAGGGUCACGGAGGAGAUGGACGCCCAGAAGGACGCGUACAACGCCAUGAGGGGCGCCGACGAGUUGGACGCCCAGCUGGACGCUUACAACGCGAUGAGGGGCGCCGAGCAGUUGGACCCCCAGAAGGACGCUUACAACGCGAUGAGGAGCACCAAAAAGCUGGACGCCCACGUGAGCACUGGCAGCGCGAUGAGGGGCACCAAAGAGUUGGACGCCCAGCUGGACGCUUACAACGCGAUGAGGGGCGCCGAGGAGUUGGACGCCCAGCUGGACGCUUACAACUCGAUGAGGAGCACCAAAAAGCUGGACGCCCACGUGAGCACUGGCAGCGCGAUGAGGGGCACCAAAGAGUUGGACGCCCAGCUGGACGCUUACAACGCGAUGAGGGGCGCCGAGCAGUUGGACCCCCAGAAGGACGCUUACAACGCGAUGAGGGGCACCGAGGACUUGGAGGACGCCCUGCUGGACGCUUACAACACGGCGAUGGACACCGAGGAGUUGGACGCCCAGCUGGACGCUUACAACACGGUGAUGGACACCGAGGAGUUGGACGCCCAGCUGGACGCUUACGACGCCAUGAUGGACACCAGCUAA